GCCGCGCCGGCCCCGAGGCCGAGCCACCCGCCGCGCCUGCAGCUGCCGCCGGGCGCCGAGCGGCUCUGGCCCCGGGGAGGUGCUCCCGCAGGCCUCCCGGGACGCGAGCGCGGGUCGUUCGGAGCUCCGGUGGUGGCGCGGGGAGGCUGCUCCGCGGAGGCGGGGGCAGCCACCAGCAGGAGGAUCUGAGCCGCGCGCGCGGCGUCGGCAGCCCCCAAGUUCCGCGGCGUGCGUCGGGCGCCCCCGGCCCCAGGUCCCGGCUCCCGCGGGCGGCCGAGGGAGUGUGGGAGCGUGUGGCGCGCGCGCCCGAGCGGCUGCCGGGGAAUAAAAUGUGACACGCACGUCUCCGACUCUAGCGCCGCGCGGCCGGGGAGCGCCGAGCACCGCGGGAUCGGACGCUGCGAGGCGCGGCGUCCGGAGAAGGUUCAUUCGGCCACCCACCGCUUUAGGACACAAGGUGCUGACCCCAGAGACCUGCCAUGAAACCACACUUGAAGCAAUGGAGACAACGAAUGCUUUGCGGGAUAUUCGCCUGGGGGCUCCUCUUCGUGGUGAUGUUCAUUUACUUCACCGACAGCAACCCAGCUGAGCCUGCGCCCAGCUCCUUCUCCUUCCUGGAGACCAGGAGGCUCCUGCCCAUGCAGGGGAAGCAGAGGGCCAUCAUGGGCGCCGUGCAGGAACCCUCCUUGCUCCAGAGCGUGGGUUCACACAAGGGCCUGCUGGACGGACGCCCAUCGGGCCCCUUCCACAGGGCGCCGAGCGACCUGCCGCAGUGGGCCCAGGUGCAGGAUGGGUUUGAAAGUGAGGAAGAGUUCUUUUCAUCCCCGAUCGGGAGGAAAUCGCAAAGUGCUUUCUACCCGGAGGACGACGACUACUUUUUUGCCGCGGGUCAGCCAGGGUUGCAGAGCCACACUCAGGGCACGCCGGGGGCCCUCUCCCCCGGGGACCAAUGGCCGGUCGGGGGGGCUGCGCCAGCCCGCCAGGCGCGGAGAAGGCGGGCGGGGAAGAGGCAGCGGAAACCCGGCGGGAGCCUGGUGCUGGAGGACGGCGACGACGGGGACAGGCUCUACUCGUCCAUGUCCAGGGCCUUCCUCCACCGGCUCUGGAAGGGAAACGUCUCGUCCAAGAUGCUCAACCCGCGGCUGCAGAAGGCCAUGCAGGACUACCUGAGCGCCAACAAGCACGGCGUGCGCUUCCGCGGGCGGCAGGCGGCGGGGCUGAGCCGCGCGGAGCUGCUGUGCGCUUUGCGGAGCCGGGUGCGGGUGCGCACGCUGGACGGCAAGGAGGCGCCUUUCUCGGCGCUCGGCUGGCAGAAGCUGGUCCCCGCGGUGCCGCUAAGCCAGCUGCACCCGCGCGGCCUCCGGAGCUGCGCUGUGGUCAUGUCGGCCGGCGCCAUCCUCAACUCCUCCCUGGGCGAGGAGAUAGAUUCUCAUGAUGCAGUUUUGAGAUUUAACUCUGCUCCUACACGCGGCUAUGAGAAAGAUGUUGGAAAUAAAACCACUGUGCGCAUCAUUAAUUCCCAGAUUCUGACCAACCCCAACCAUCACUUCAUUGACAGCUCAUUGUAUAAAGAUGUCAUUCUGGUGGCCUGGGACCCUGCUCCUUAUUCUGCAAAUCUUAAUCUGUGGUACAAGAAGCCAGAUUACAACCUGUUCACUCCAUAUGUUCAGCACCGUCAGAGAAACCCAAAUCAGCCAUUUUACAUUCUUCAUCCAAAAUUUAUAUGGCAGCUUUGGGACAUUAUCCAGGAGAACACCAAGGAGAAGAUUCAGCCCAACCCACCAUCUUCCGGCUUCAUUGGAAUCCUCAUCAUGAUGUCCCUGUGCAGCGAAGUGCACGUGUAUGAAUACAUCCCGUCCAUCCGGCAGACGGAGCUGUGCCACUACCACGAGCUGUACUACGACGCGGCGUGCACACUCGGCGCCUACCACCCGCUGCUCUACGAGAAACUGCUGGUGCAGCGGCUGAACACCGGCGCCCUGGGCGACCUGCACCGCAAGGGGAAGGUGGUCCUGCCCGGGCUCCGGGCCGUGCGCUGCCCCGCGCCCAAGCCCGCCGGGCCGCCCUCCUGAAGAGAGGCUCUUGAGAAGCGAUGUGCAAUAAGGUACUACUGUUGUACUCUGAGUCACAGGAGCAUACUUGAAGAUCUCUUUUAGGCAAUGUAGUCUUCAGCCUUUAGACUGUAACUUAGCAGUGGCCCAAGAAUUCUUCUUUUUCUAAGCCAUUGAGUAUUUAUUACUGCUUGGAAUACAGAAAUGGAAUUUAAAAGCAAAAAAUGCUCAAGAAAGAUGCAAAAAAAAAAAAAAAAAGCUAAAAGAAGGGGGGCAAAUGAAUAACAAAUGGGUAUUGUACCUCCAGAAAUGUUAACCUUUUCUUAUGCCAUGGGCAUCCCUUAUGAGGGUUGGUUUGGGCUACAGGUUUCAGUGAUGUGCCUGACAUUAUGAAGUGGUUUAUACACCCAUGUUGAGGUACAGUAUCUGUAGCACCUACUGUGUCACUUGUACAUUCAUUCGUUAUUAAAGAUCUUAGCGUUUAUGACAAGCAUCUGAAUUAUCACUCAGAUGUGUUUAUUUUAACAGCAAAAUCUCCCAUAUAUGUUGAGAGAUGCGCAUGUUUGCAAACUGUUGCAUUCCCCCACUCUGUUUCCCAUUGCCCACCGAAGCUUUGCUCUUUGUGUAUCAGGACAGAUUUCUAAAACCAGAAAGCAUCCAUCUCGAGCAGUCCAAGGAAAAGCCAACCCUGGGGUAGCACUACAGAGGAGACACUUUGUUUUCCUGCAAUAUUUUCUUACUCUGGCAAGUAAAUACAAAAUCCCAGCUCCAGACUUCCUGCAUUGUACCUCCUCAGCUGCCAGUCCUCCCCCACAGCCCUUACACUGUUACACCCACGGACACUUGUGACCCCCUCCGCCAUGGGGGAGGGCUCUUUCCUUCCGAUCUAGAAGGAGGGAAUGCGGAGCCUUCACUCUGUGUGUCUAGGGAUGCAUACCUAUCUCUCUCCUGGAGAUUUCUUUCAGGUCAAUAUCAGCUGCUGGAACCCCAGCAAUGAUGGACUGGAUUUUCACUAAUUCUCUCUGCAGACAGAUAUUGAGGAACCCUGUCCCUGUUUUCACAGAUAUAUUUUUUGUCGGCCACAUACAAGCCAUAAAUAUAAAUAAAAUUGCGUGAAAACGUUGCUCUUUAACAACAAGGAAAAUCCCUAUAUGCUUAAGAGGCAAAGCCGGCUAGAGGGGAGGAAGUUAUCACCCCAAUACGUUAGCUAUAUUCAGAUCUGUUUUGUUCUGUUUUUAAGCUCAACUUUUAUCACUGAUGCAUUGAAAAACAAUUUUUUUUGCUAUGAAUGUAGUGGAACAAACAUUUUGGAAUACAUUAAUUAGACAUGUUACCUCUCUACAUAACCAAAACAUAGCAAUAGAGGUAAGACUUUUUAAAUCAAAUAUGUUCUCCCUUGCAAGUGCAUGAAUGUCAGGAGAGUUUAGUGGGAAGGUUUUUUUGUUCCGGGAUUGGUUUUUUCCUGAGUGCUCUCAAAACUACUUUCUUGAGCAAGAAUGGUUUACAGAAAUUGACAGCUUCUGUUUGGUGAGUCUAACUCCCCAGAAAUCGUGUUAGGUAAUAGGCAUCUCCUAUGGCUUAUUAUAAUAGUGAAGUAGAGGAGUAAUAAAAAAGUUUCAAUCAUGACAGCAUCCACGAGAAGCCCAUUUUGAGAGCUUUCUUUCCAGAUCUAUGAGAAGAAAUCGAUAAGUUUGUCCUACACAUUAGCUUAUCUGUGAGCUGACAUAGUCAAGACACUUUUCUCUCUGGUUUCCUGAAAGAGCUUAGUCUUGUCCCCACGUGUAGUGAGUAAGGAGUUCAGAUCAUGAGGUCAAUCUGAGCACGGUGAGCAGUCCUUCCAUGGCCUUGGUUCUCCCUGGACCUUCCAGCUCUGCUUUCAAAUGUCCAUGACACUGAAGUUCCUUUGAUAGUCUUCCUGGGGGAUUUCCUUCUGACCUUAUUACCCAGGACAUUCCCCUUUGGUGACAAAAGAGCUUGGUGAGAGGAAAAUUCAUUGGGGGUCAAUAUAAAUAUUCAAGUUCAAAAGCCCCAGAAAACACUUCAAAGAUUUUUAAAUAAUAUUUUGUUGUAAUGCAUGUACUUUUAAAAGGUGCUUGCAGUCUCACUGAUGUUAUAAGAAAGACUGAAGAGCAUAAAGGAAAUCUAAUUAAAAUUUUUGAAUUUAUUAUGGCCUUAAAGACUCUUGGGAAUCAGGGUCUGUUAAACAUUCAGAAAAUGUGGUACACAUAUUAAUAUAGCAUGGCUGGGCAUUCUUCUGUUUGAAAGUUUAAAUUGUUUAGCCUCCCAAAAAGAUCAGGCUGUUGUAGUUAACAUGAUGACUGCAUCUAGUAUUAGCUAAAUUGGUCCUAAGUGGCAGUAUUUUGCCAGACAUUGAUUAAGUCCUUCUAGGCUACAUUUACUGAACUGCUGUAAACACACAGUUCUUCCGUGGAGUAGUGGACAAUAAAUGCUGUCCUAGUACAUUUCUCCCAGGCUCUGUCCCUCCCAAAAUGCUCCAUCCGCUUCUAGAAGGGACGCUGAUACAGUUUUUAAGGUGCAACCUGAAGCCAUUAGGUGUCUCAAGAUAAUUUCACUCCAUCUUUUGUGGUGGUUGCUGUUACCACAAAGAAACAAAUAUUGACCAAGAAUGACAACUCACCUUUGUCUAGGUUCUUGCUAACUAGUUCCCCAGUCCCUCUACCAGCUAUGAGAGUGGGGUUUAACAGGUGUCCGAUGCUCACUGUCUGCAGGGAAUACCCGUGCUGGCCCCGUGUACCUGACCUUCCCCACUAAGUCUGUACAGGGCUGCUUUUAUCAAGAACUGUGUGCAGAGGCCAAGAGACAAUCAAUUAAAAGUUGCAUAUAUGCAUCAUGCAACAUCAAGGGCAUGUAUUAAGCCACGUGAGGGACUUUGGUGCCUGUUUCAAUUACUGGGUCUUUCCUUUCUGCCUGGACACAGAGUUCCGGGAGCCCUGCUUCAGUCACAGCCCUUCGCGUGUCUCAUGCCCUCGUUCUCUAAGCCAGAUAUUUAAUCAAUCCUGAACUCACCAGUAAUCAUCUGUCAUUGUAGCUGGAGCAUCUGGACAAAGCGAUGCUGAAAUAAUAGUUAGCAUUUUCAAAAUUGGGAAAUAAAAGUAACUGUUUAAAGCUACCACGGGGUUGCUCCAUUACAUGUUUAUGAGCCAGUUCGUUCUGGUGGAACAGAUUAAUACCUUAUGUGGUUGGCUGACCCUUCCGGGCAGGAGCACUUACAACCACUGAAUUAAUUAGGUCCUGUUUGGCUGCAUUAAGUGGGAUCAGUCUCACGUGAGUAAUGGCAUAUGAUGGAAGCAUUUUCUAUGCACAAAUGACAUGAUGAAAGUUCUCUCUCCAGCCUCUCUUAGAGAUUAACACACAGUGCGUGUUUGAGGCUGGUAGGCAAAGUGACCUGGUCCCAUUUCUGCUUGGCUAUGGGAAGAGACUGAGAGAGGGAGGAGAAAAUUAUCGAGAAAUCCAUGACAGGCCAAAUAGUCCCUAUAUUCUGUCAUGUUGUCUGAUUCGACUUCCCACUUUCUGAUAGCUUAGAGCUCUUACUCAGUUAUUACAGUUGCAUUGAGAGAUCAAUUGCUUAGGUAAAAUGUGCCUGAGUUCAAACUCUUUUUUUAUACUCUGGACAUUUCCAUUGUGAAAAUAUCCUGCAUGUCCUUGUCACUUGGGCAUUAUUUACACAAUUGGUAAACGAAAGGUAUCUCUCUGUGAAUUCAAGGAUAAAAUAUAAGUUCUGAUUCUUGUUUUAUUAAAUGAAUGAAGCCUUUUAGUAAGAAAUAAUAAUCCAGCAUAGUCCUCUACAAGCUUGGAAUGAUAGAAUUUAAAGAAUUAAAGACACUGCUCUAGUUCUUUCUUUUGUUAUGAAAGUGUGCACGUAGAUAUAGUUAUAUAAUUGUAUAUAUACGUAUCUACACACAUGGUUGGUUUUAUAUUGUCUUUUUUCAUCAAACUUUAUUCCUGAAGCCUUUACAGUAAAUUUUAUUUUAAUUAUGCAAAUGCCAAUUUUUUAAUAGAAGAAAGCAAAUGUUAGAUGUCCUUCUAUUAAAAAAAACAUUCUGUCUUCCCACACACUGAUAUUCUACACACCCUGGGUGUGUAUAAAAGUAUGGCAAAAAUAUUUAAAAGGCGCUGUGCAGGUAGAACCAUUACCUGAACAUCAUAGCUUCAUCAGAAGCCCAAUGGAGCACUGAAUGUUGACGGAAAGGUUAUUUAUUAUAGCUCAUGGUUUUUACGAGGUUGGGGGGGGGAAUUGAAUAUUGGUUCUGUGGAAAACAGUCUUCUUACUAGGUAGGUUUCAAACAAAUUAACUGCACUGGUAAUGCUAAAAACCUAACAUUUAUGAUACCACACAUCCUGUUUUAUGCUAGCUAAAAAUACUUAUGAAAUUUUUCCUGUGGGAACCAGUGAACUUUUUUAACAGCUUUCAGAAUUUUUUUGUAUGGUAAUUUUUAAACUGCAAUGUGUACUCUUCCAAUUAAUUAAGGCCUGAGGUUUUUCCAGGAGUCACAUUUUAAAAAAGUGUUUGUAUACAUUUUAACACCUUUGAUAUUUUCUAUUUUGGUUUUGUAUAUUUUUAUGUAUACACAGUGUACAGACUUUUUUCUUGUAAAUAAAACAUGUUUU